ACCACAGCGUCCAGUUUCGCUACAAAGUAGCUAGUUACUUUGUUUUGAAUCUGUAAAAGGUUUCUCUGGUUUUUGCUGAAGUACCUUUCAUCUGUUGAGAUUUGGUUUCACUGAAAGGUGUAGUGGAUAAAAAAAGGAAUGGAUCAACACACACAAGAUGUCUGUUUUCCCAUUGAGGAAGAUACCGCUCCAUUGUCUCCUAAACGACUAAGGACAGAUUGCACAAUAACAAACAAACACAGUUGCAAAACCCAUUUCAAAUUCCCAGAACCAUUGAGUUUCCGGAACAACGAUGGUGUCACAUCACUGCAGAAUAGGCCUAUUCUUCAGGAGGACAAAACACAUAGAGUUGAAUCUGACCAUGAAUAUCUCAAAUACACAGUGACAGGAUUUCAUUGUGAAGAAAUAGGAAAAGAGGAGAGUACAGCUCUCGGAGAUAAUCAGACAUGCGCAGGUUCAUGUGUAAUCAGUCCUCACAGUACAGAUGGAGACUCUCAAGGUCUAUGUCAAGGGCUACAUGAUCCACUUAGUGAAACAGGCACCUCUUCUUAUAGCGUUCACUCUAGAAAUGAAGCUGGGUGUGUGUCAGCAAAGUCUCACUCUUCUGAUGACAGAACAACUGAUACAUCCUCAAGUCAUGAUUUCAAUCAGCCUGGGAAAUCACUCAAAUGCAGUCUCACCGGUGCUAGUCCCUCAGCAGAUGAAGAAGCAGUGACUGAACAAAAUGGUGAAAGCCGCCUCCCAGGAACCGACCACAGCUCAAGUGUGAGUGACGGUACUGAAGAAUCUGAUUACACCUGUGAAAGCCUGGCUCUGAAUUCAGCCAUUUACAGUAUGGGCUUCAUCAAAGGAUCUACUGAAGGUGAAAAUAAUCACCAGAUUCAGAAUGAGGAUAAACAUGCAUUCAAUCAAAGUAUCUGCUGUGAGAAAGAGGCCAGGCGUUACCCAUUACCCAGUGAUUACAGAGAGGGCUGCGAGUCAUCUGGCUCUCAUGCUGAAACUGAACCUUUUGGGAACUUUAAAGGAGUGAAAAAAAAUGAGGGAAAUGUAGCCAGAGAAAAUGCAGAUGUCUGCGAUAGAGAAGCAAAAGCCCAAGUUAACAAGGAGUACUUCAUGCAUAAUGACAGCUCUGCCGCAGCUGAGACAGUAGUUGAAUAUGUAGAUGGCUCCGUUGUCACUUGUUAUACGGUAUUCGACAGACCUGUACUGACUGAUGGGGCUGAGAUCAAUAUGGGUCUUAAGCUUGAGGAUCUCCGUGAACAACCAUUAGGGCACGCUGUUGGCACUGUGACAGCUGAAACUUUGUGUGAACUGGGUGUUGAUCACAACACAACACAGAAACUGUCGGUUUCAACACACCUCAGUCAAAAGCCAGCUGAUGUUAAUCACAACAAGAUAGCAAGUGUAACCAAUCAUUCAGUUUUCUCUGACAUCAACGGAGUGGCUCUAGAAACUAUGUCUCCUCUCCACCCACCACAACCAGAAUAUACCACAUCUCCUCUCCACCCACCACAACCAGAAGAUACUCUCCUCUCCACCCACCACAACCAGAAUAUACCACGUCUCCUCUCUACCCACCACAACCAAAAGAUACCACGUCUCCUCUCCACCCACCACAACCAGAAUAUACCACGUCUCCUCUCCACCCACCACAACCAGAAUAUACCACGUCUCCUCUCCACCCACCACAACCAGAAUAUACCACGUCUCCUCUCCACCCACCACAACCAAAAGAUACCACGUCUCCUCUCCACCCACCACAACCAGAAUAUACCACGUCUCCUCUCCACCCACCACAACCAGAGGAUACCACGUCUCCUCUCCACCCACCACAACCAGAGGAUACCACGUCUCCUCUCCACCCACCACAACCAGAAUAUACCACGUCUCCUCUCCACCCACCACAACCAGAAUAUACCACGUCUCCUCUCCACCCACCACAACCAGAAUAUACCACGUCUCCUCUCCACCCACCACAACCAAAAGAUACCACGUCUCCUCUCCAUCCACCACAACCAGAGGAUACCACGUCUCCUCUCUACCCACCACAACCAAAAGAUACCACGUCUCCUCUCCACCCACCACAACCAGAAUAUACCACAUCUCCUCUCCAUCCACCACAACCAGAGGAUACCACGUCUCCUCUCCACCCACCACAACCAGAAUAUACCACAUCUCCUCUCCACCCACCACAACCAGAAUAUACCACGUCUCCUCUCCAUCCACCACAACCAGAGGAUACCACGUCUCCCUUCCACCCACCACAACCAGAAUAUACCAUGUCUCCUCUUCAUCCACCACAACCAGAAUAUACCACGUCUCCUCUCCACCCACCACAACCAGAAUAUACCACGUCUCCUCUCCACCCACCACAACCAGAAUAUACUAUGUCUCCUCUCCACCCACCACAACCAAAAGAUUUCCUCUUGA